CUCACAAGUGGUUUUGUUGCAUAUGAGGAAGCUGGCUCAAGGAAGUGCAACAACAAAGAGGAACAUGUGACAAAUGAAGAGUUACCACUCGUUUGGAGUGAAAUCAGGGCGAGAUAAGAAAAAGAAAAGAAAAGUGACAGACGUACACAUUGUGUGUGAAGAUGAUUUUCCUCAUGUUGGUCUUUCUUCUGGGAGGGCUAUGGGAGACUGAAGCUAUGUCAGUAACAGGAGUGUUGGGAAAGGAGGUCACAAUAAAAUGCUCUCACUCGUACGCAUUUACCAAUGUCAAAUACUUUUGUAAGGGAGCGUGUCUAAAAGUCCUAAUCAGUAGCAGAGCCAAUAAGAAGGUUCCAAAUGAGAAAUACAGUAUUGUAGACAAAGGAAACACAUUCAGCGUGACCAUCUUCCAUCUGACAGCGGAUGACUCAGGAACUUACAGCUGUGGAAUAGAGAGAAUUGGUCUGGACACAUACAUAGAAGUAGUCCUCACAGUCAUAGAGGUAAACCCACAGGAUCCUGACAAUGACUUGACAACUACGUUGUCCUCUAAUAAGCUGGUGUACAUUGGAGUAGGUCUCGUGGUGGUCAUGCUGGCUCUAGCGAUGGUCCUUUUGAUAUUCUUCAGGCAUCGAAACAGAGAUAUCCACGCAUCUUCUGGAAAGAACCGUGACAGUCAGAAACAAGUUGGACACCACAUCAAAACUUCCUCUUCAACAGCCAAUGAGCAUCAAGAAGCAGACGGCAGGACUAAGAGCAGCUUAAUCCUGUCGACUGUUCAACACCAAGAGUUCAGAGGAGAUCACUCGGACAACAUUUAUUCCAACAUCUCUGGUUCAUCUGUCUCUCAGAUCCAACCAGACGGCCUCCUCUAUACCACAGUGAGCUUCAACGCACACACAGACAGCAGCACUGACGCACCUGGCACUGCAGCGCUUACAUACUCCACCAUUAAACACGACGCAACAGAUCCAUGUGCGCUCUAUGACAACGUCUGAACUCAGUGCUGAUCUGCUCAAGUGCUAGAAAAGUCUGUGUGAUGCUACACUGAAAAUACCCACCAUUCACAUAUUGCUGUAAAACUAUUUGUAACAGGUUUCCCUGUUACCCGGUGAGUCUCGGACUUGCACAGAGGCAGCACACAGCUUGAGGUAGUUCAAAAUGCUUUUAUUACUGACAAACACACAUACAGGCUCGGUCACACCCCUCGCUCUUUCCCUCCUGCUCCUAUUUGGGGAGAGACACGCAGAUCAACCCCAGCUGAGGCUGAUUAACCCUCAGCCUGAUUAACCCUCAGCCCCAGCUGAGACUGAUUAGACAUCAUCCCGGCACUGUUCCCUGAACCCCCCCCCCUUCCCCCACCCCCUAUCAUGUUCGGUAGAUUUUGGAUUUUAGCCUGAAAGAAAUCAAAUUGUUGAAUCAAUAUAGAUAGAUUUUCUUCUGUGUUUGUUCUUCUUCUGUAAGGCGCCUACCACCAACACACGCACAUGCACACCCACGCACACACACACACGCACACGCACACAUGCACACACACACACACACACACACUUAAUGAAAUAGAAACUGUGAUGUGAGCAAAGGAAGAAGCUAUAGUGGACAGGCGUCACACCUACAGCUCUAACUUAAUGUACCCACGCUUUGUAAUUAAGCUCAAAGCUUCUUGGUUCAUAUUGGGACUAAAGUAGUGUUUAUAGAAAACGAUGACAGCCUUACAUUGAAUUUAAACUCAGUGAAGUGGUCUGAGAGCUGGUGUAGAGUCUGAGGAAAACAAAAGCAGAGAGAGAAGGUUUGCAAAGAUUGCAAACGAUGCUGCAGGAAGGAGUUCUAAAACCAGGAUAUUAGUUGGUAAUUUUGCUCUUCUGAAACAGAAAUCAAGCUAAAAGUCAAAGUUAUCUAUUUUUCUUACGUAUUACUGCACUUUAUUUAACAGCUCUUGCACCUCUCAAACUCUAUGCUGUCUGACAUUUUAUUGGAAGAAUGAUAUGGUAGUUUAAAGAAAAGCCAAACAGUGUGUCUUAUUUUUGGGGAUUAUCCUCAGCCUUUUUUGUGGCCAAUCACAUUUUAAGACCUGUAUGCAAGUGUUAUACAAAUUCUUAAAUUGUGAGGAAAUUGGUUCCAUCUGUGUGCAGCUUGCUGCGAUGCGGUUUGUAUGUGACGGGUAUUUGACCACCGGCAGGAAAAGAGCUGUACUUGGUUGUUGUUGCUGCUGCUGCUGCUGCUGAGUCUGUUGGUGUUUCUGUUACUGAGGAAACACAGACAUGACAGUGACUUAAAUUGAACUUGCAAGUCUUUGCAACAUUAUUAUGUAACCAAUGAUUUUCUGACCACAAACCAGGUUGUCAGCGUUGAGAUGUUCAACACAAUGGCAGCCGCCUGGCCCUGCGAACAGAUCAGAUCAGCUGCUUUCAUAUCCUCAUUUGUUUGUGUUUGUUAGCUUCUCAAUCCUCCAUCCAUGCAGCUUGAUGGUGGGUUUGAUCAUUAGGGUCACAGUGUGAUAUUUUCCUCAUUCACUGUAUUAUUGUGUAACUGUUUUUUUAAUAUAAAUGCUUGGAGCAUUCUAAAUCUAAAUUCUUCCAUGUUAUAUAUGCACUGUGCUACAUUAUUUCUCCAAUAAAUCAAAUAACCAUAAUCAUA